UCAGGAUUUUCAAUGGAUUCUUCGGAACCUUCAUGUUCUGCACACAAUUUUCAACCGGGUGAUUUGAUUUGGGCAAAAAUGAAAGGAUUCCCGCCGUGGCCAGCAAAGGUGUUGGAACGGAGUGAAGAUGCACCUGCCAGACGAAUUCCAGUUAUGUUUUUUGGAACAUUAGAGACUUCUUUCAUGAAACCAAAUGAUCUUUCGGAUUAUUUACCAAAUCGAUUGAUCCAUGAGAUUCCAAGGAAACAGAAAGAUUUCAAUAAGGCUGUUCAAGAGAUUCGAAAAGCUGCGGGCUUGCAAACUGACGCUGAUGAGAUUAAUUUUCCAACAAUAGAAAGGAAGAGUCCGCCGAGUUCUCCAACUGCGACAGGAAGAAAAAGACAAACAAGUGGAAGGUUCCUGGAUGCAAUUAUGGCCGGAGCUGAUCCGGUGAAAAUGAGAGGAACAAGAUCUGGAAGCGCAUCGACAAAGACCCGUUCUCGUGCGUCUAGCAAUGCUUCUGCUUCAAAAUUGCUGAGAGAUAUGAUGAGAAAAGAACGACAAAGAUUGAAUAGUGAAAGUUCGACGGGAUCAAGAAGAAAACUUUUGAACAAUGCACUUUUGGGUGGAGGUGGUGCACCUUCAACAUCCGAUGCAUUUGGCAAUGAUUAUGCCGAUUCAACAGACUUCAAUGCACUUUUCGGUGAUGCUAUUCUUGGUAAUUUCGAGUUGAAUGAUGAUACAAAAUCUUGGAAAUCAAAGAGAUCUCGUGGAAGCUCAAAAGUUUUUGAUGAUCUUUUUGGUCGAUCCCGAAAUCGUUCCGGAAGUGCUUCUGGUAGAAGAUCUCGAAUGAUAUCACUUUCUGGAUUUUCUGGAGUUUCCGAUAUGUUUGAUGAGCUUUUCAAUAAUCCAGGAGAUAUUGAUAGUCACGCAGAUCAGCUUAUGCUUACUCUUAAUAAUAUGCCUUCUGAUGGUUCUAUUGAUAGACCAUUGUCUCCUGAAAUGCUGAAUCCAAUACUACAGGCGGCAGUUGAAUUUUGUGAUCGUUGUGGAUAUGAAUGUCGAUUAACCAAUGGAAGUUGGAAAUGUAAUUCAAGUCAUUGUGGAGCAAUUAAAACUCAAGGAAGUGCAUCCGUAGCUGCCGCUCGUGGAAUUAUUGAUCAACCUAUUCGUAUGCCAAACCUGGAAAUAAAAACGGAAUGCCUUAGUGAUACUAGUGCUGAAAAAUCAUCACUUCCUGCAAAAAGAGCACGGAAACCGAAACGGAACUCAGACGAUGAUGAUUCCAUUGACGAAGAAGCUGCAAGAAGAGCAAAUUCUAUUAAUAAAAAAAAGAAAAGGGUUCAGGUUCUCUCUCCACGAUCUCGAUCACACAGUCCAAUUCCACAGAUAACUCCAUCAACUUCUACAGGUCUUUUGGGUCGAUCAAAUUCUCCGUUGUCAAGCUCUCUUCGUAUUCGUGAUAGAGCUCGUCCUAAACAUUAUGGUUACAGCAAAGUGGAAAAGACACCUCCAAUCUCAGCAAGUGGACAUAGACAUUGUGUUAAUUGUAAUGGACAAGUGAGACCACAAAUGUGUGGUGGAAAUCGGCAUAGAUGGCGUUGUGUUGAUAAAAAAUGUCGAAAAUGGUACGGAUGGGUCCGCUCACAUGAAGAAAUACCAAAAAAUACAGGACGAAAGAAAAUGACAACAUUCAAAUCACCUAUCACCAAGCCAAUGAAACUGAUGAAACCGAAAAAAGAAGAAGAAGAUGAUGGAUAUCCUUCAUUGAAACGAAAAGUUGGACGUCCCUCUAAAAAUGAUAUCAAAAUUCGAUUAAAAAUGCAAAAAGAAGUUGAAGAAAAGCAAGCAGCUGUAAAUGCUGCACGAGCUUCUCAAAUGGCGCUUGAUGCUGCUGCAACAUCGUCUGUUCCACAACAAAGAAGAAAGUAUACGAAAAGGAAGAAGGAUGGUUUGGGUGCAGGAACUGGAGGAAAAAAUAGAGAUUAUAGUCCAUUUGAGGAUGAUGUUAAGAAAAGAUCGACAUCUCCUCUCAAUGAUCGUUCCGCAUCAUAUCGACCGUGUGCAAUGGAGAAACGUGCAAGAUGGUGGACUGGAGAGAAAAGGAGAGUCGAUGCAUCACCAGAACGAGAAUUCGGAACAACUCCCGCUGAUUCUGCAGCUGCAUUUCGAAUGAUGGCUCAUGCUGUACGGUCUGCUGCUGUUACAAGAGCUGAUGAAGUUGGUACUGUAAAUGGUUCACUUGAUCUUCUAAUGGAUUCUCUUCUUGGAUCAAUAGGACCACUUCUUGCAAAUUUGACAAAACUUCCAGUAUUUCAAGGAGAUCAGGAACUAGCUCAACAGCUAUGGAAUGCAUCGGCUGUUCAUAUUCCAACAUUUCAAUAAAAGCAGCUAAAAAUGCUAAAAAAAGGUGCUAAAUAUUGAAAAUCCUUCGACCAUUUUCUCUCAUUAUAAUGUCUCAGAUUUGUAUCAUUGUUAUAAUCAUUUAGAUAUCAACUAGUAUUAUUAAUUUUCUCAAUUGUCUUUUUUUUGUAUUAGCCGACUGUCUACGUUCACUACCUCAUUGUUCAAUGGUUUUUCUCUCACUGUCAGUACAAAACUAAUAAAUUUUACUGUUCCCCUAUAAAAAACU